AUGACAUUGCUGGUGACCUGUGUGAAGACCCCCGAGGACUGGGCGAAGGCCCGUGCCAUCCGUAUGCAAGUUUUUAUCCGCGAAGACACCUUCGAGGAGGAAGGCGAAUAUGACGACCAUCCGUCUGCUCUGCACUUCAUCGGUACAGACGUGGAGCAGAACAAGGCGGUGGUGGCUGCACGUGUGCUGGUCGAUGACGUCAAGCGCAUAGCCAAGAUCAGUCGCGUAGCAGUGUUGUCUGAGUGUCGUGGCAAGCGUUACGGCACAGUGGUGAUGAACGCCUUGGAGGACUACACCCGCGACCGCGUAGACCUAUUCAUCCUGCCAGCGCUGGUCGACAAGACAGGAUUCUACGAAAAGUGCGGCUACAGCCGCAUCGACGACGAGAUCUUCGUGGACGAGGGACAAAAACAGUGUUGA